AUGUAGAGCAGCUUUGAUGGAGACAAUCAAGCUACAUUUUUUUUUAGAGGUUUAGGCCAUAAAAGAACCUAAUACGAUGCCUCUGUAAUUAGCAAUAAUUUAGAAGAAUAACUAAUAAAAGAUUCUUCACCAAAUUAAGAUUAGAGCAACAUAUUUGCAAAAUCAGAUGAUCAUAAUUACUCAGCAUCCUACUCAAGUUUUAUCUAAUAGGAUACAAGACUAGGAAAGAAAUAUACAAAUGUUGAAAUUUCAGAAACAAGGACUGUUGUUUUUUGA